UAGCCUUGCAAGUGCACUAGAGGAAGCAGCUAGGCGUGUACCUGUGCGAGUUAAAUAUCCAGCUUUGCGAGCGCGACGCGUGCCCCACAUUUGGUAUCACCGAAGCGGCGGUCAACAGCACCGGCGCUCAGUCAGUCAGUCAGUGAGUACCCACAGAGGCAGUCCCGCAGCAACAUGCUCCGCGCCCUGGCAGUGAUUCUCGCCGCGGCCACGUGCGUCUUGGCACACGACGUGCAGCCCCCGUGCGCCGACCUGCUCACCUGUGCCGCCGUCGGCGUCGACCAAGGCCUGCAGCGCAUGCAGAAAAGCUCCUUUUUCCCUUUGCUCGGCAAAAGGGUGUAUUUGGAAAGGAGGGAGGACGCGACGCAGCUACCCGACCUGACCCAGGGCAACAUCUUCCAGAGGGCCGGCCGCCUGCUCGAGACGCACGAUGUCAAGGCACCCAUCACCAACAGCCUGUCUGUCAAGCUGUUCAAGACGCCGCAGGGACCUUUUGACAUUUCGCUGGACGUUGGCUCGCAGGAGACAGUUCAGGGUCGCACCUUCUUCAAGAGACGGCUGCAGAUGGCCCUGCUGCCCAUCAUGUACAAGCUGGGCGUGAUGACAACCCUUCUAGGCGUGCUGGUGGUGAUGGUGGCCAAGGGACUGGCCAUCGGCGUCAUCCUGCUCAUCCUGGCCGUGGCGAGCGCCGUCAAGCACAAGGCAUACUGGGGCGGCGGCUUCGAGGGCCACGCGAGCGGCUUCAGCGCACCCAGCGGCUUCGCCACCGCACCCCAACCCCCUGUGCACGUGCACCUGCACGGCCUGAACAAGGAGACAUUGGGCCACGCCAGCGCCGACUACCACUCGUCGCCGUACAGCCGCAGCAGCUACGUCGGCGCCACCGCCGCCGCCAACGAGCAGUACCUCAGCCCCUACAACAGGGCUGCUCAUUUGGGCCAAACCGCGCAAGCCGCUCAAACUUAUUAAACUAGCUGGACUUUAUUUUUAAUGUGUGGAUAUACCAGUCAAUUUUAAUGUGUAAAGCAACCCACGUCUCUGGAGAAAUGGCGAACCUCAUAUUGGAAAUCCCUCAGUUGCUUUUAAGACCAGUUUUUCGGACACUGUGAGGUUCGCCAAUAUCUCCAAACCAGGAAAUAGUCAAUCAAGUGCUAUAUAUGUGCAUGCCGAAAAUUGCGUGUGUCAUACUAAUGUAAGCGGCACGUAUUUAUUUAUUUUUAAUUUAUUGGAAAGAGUAUGGUGUUCUCAACGUGACUCACGUUAUUGUUAAGGCUAUUUUUAUUGUUAUGAUAUUGGUUAAAUUAUUUGUAGUAAUGGCAAAUGCUUACUUAAUAAGAUGAAUUUGUUACAUAUCAACCCAAGCGAUAAUCAUUACUCAAUUAUUAUACAUUCCAAAGUUAAUUCGCACACUAGAGGUUAUUGGUUGUAAUGUGCUUUAACUGAUGUUACAGAUUUUUUUAACCUCUUGUUGACUUUGCAGUUCUGUGCAGUUACCCGUAUCUCAGCAUUGAAGAAAAUUUCAGCAACUGAUGCAAUGAAAUAGCAGUUUUUAAUUACUUUCUCAUGAUCCAAAGAUUAAUUUUUACAUGCAAUGCAAGUUUAUCUCGACUGGAGAAGACAAUAAAUAUUUCUAGUAUUUGUUGAUGA